GAUGAUAAAAUGAGAGGGCUAAAUCGGAAAGCUCUUUCCACAUAGCUGGCCGUGAGCAGGUGGCCACUUUGUCCUCUGGCACCACUGGCUCAGACUUAAGCAGCUUCACUGACCGCCAAAAUUGCAUGACAUGCCCACCAAGAUUUAAAGGACUCUGAUAAUUCUUUCUCUCCCCAAACAGUGUUUUCCCUCUCUAAUCUUAAUAAGCAAGCCUGGAGGAAUCUCUGACUUGUGAUUGAAGGCUCUCCAGGUCCCCUGGUUUAAGGGCAGAGAUUUAUUUUCUCUGAGGCUACAAAGGAGCAUCUGGGAGAUAAGAGGAUUCUUCUACCUUAGGCAAAACAGAGAGGAGUGGUGGAGCUCUCCAAGUUGCCUCUGGCUUGAACUUUUUCUUUCUCUUUUGGUGUGUCGUCUCUGGCCAACAACACCUGUGAGUCCUUGAUUUGGCGAUUAGGGAAGAUGUUUUUGAUUCACAUAACUAUUCUUUAGAGAAAAUUGAUCCUGAAAACACCUUAUUGCCUGAUCAUAGAAUGACUGCAUUACUCAGAAUUCUUUACCACCACUGGAAUUUAGUGAAGGGAAGGCCCAACGUACAUUAGGAAAAUACAGGCACACUCCAGUCCUUAAACCUUCCACAAUCCUCUAACUCUUUAAGGUCGAGUGUGAUCCUCCCCAGAACUGCAUCUUCCAGGAAGUUCAUGAGAAAGGAAGGAUCCCAGGUCCCAUCCCUGAUCUCCUGAAUCGGCAUCUGCAUUUUAACGGAAUCCUGAAGCAGUGGUCUAACUCCUUUGGUUGUGGUAUGGUUUGAAUGUAUACCUCCAAAAUUCACAUAUUGAAAUACUAACCCCCAAGGUGAUAGUAUUAGGAGGUGGGGCCUUUGGGAGUUAAUUAAGUCAUGAGGGUGUAGCCCUCAUGAAUGGGAUUAUUACUCUUAGAAAAGGGACCCCAGAGAGGUCUCUUUCCACCAUGUAAGGAUAAAAGUACAAGGAGAAGAUGGUAGUCUGCAAACUGGAAAAGGGCCCUCCUCAGAACCUGACCAUCUUGGCACCUUGAUCUCAGACUUCCAUCUUCCAGAACUGUGGGAAAUAAAUUUCUUUUAUAAACACUCAGUCAAUGCUACUUUAUUAUAGCAGCCUGAAUGGAUUAAGACAGGUGGUCUGGUUUAAAGUGAUGUGUUGGCAUCAGAAGUUUAAGGAGAGACUGGAUUCACAGAACCAGAAUCUGGGAUGCUGUUUACAGAGCAAGUAUUUCCUGCAUUUGGACACUGUCGGCAGGUCGAUUCAGGAGACAGACGAAAACUUUAUCACCGGGCAGGCUGGAUGAACACCACAACUUUGAGAUCUUUCACUUAAAGGAAAGAUAAGGGCAUCCACUAUUUCUACACCUGGCUGGCAGAGUGAGAACUCACCAAGGGCCAUGGCAAAACCCCAAAAGAUGCAGCGUCAGUUCGAGCCACGCAUCCAAUACCAGCAGCCUGUGGGAUUUAUUAUUUUGAAGUAAAGAUUGUCAGUAAGGGAAGAGAUGGUUACAUGGGAAUUGGUCUUUCUGCUCAAGGUGUGAACAUGAAUAGACUACCAGGUUGGGAUAAACAUUCAUAUGGUUACCAUGGGGAUGAUGGACAUUCGUUUUGUUCUUCCGGGACUGGACAACCUUAUGGACCAACUUUCACUACUGGUGAUGUCAUUGGCUGUUGUGUUAAUCUUAUCAACAAUACCUGCUUUUACACCAAGAAUGGACAUAGUUUAGGUAUUGCUUUCACUGACCUACCGCCAAAUUUGUAUCCUACCGUGGGGCUUCAAACACCAGGAGAAGUGGUCGAUGCCAAUUUUGGGCAGCAUCCUUUCGUGUUUGAUAUAGAAGACUAUAUGCGGGAGUGGAGAACCAAAAUCCAGGCACAGAUAGAUCGAUUUCCUAUCGGAGAUCGAGAAGGAGAAUGGCAGACCAUGAUACAAAAAAUGGUUUCAUCUUAUUUAGUCCACCAUGGGUACUGUGCCACAGCAGAGGCCUUUGCCAGAUCUACAGACCAGACCGUUCUAGAAGAAUUAGCUUCCAUUAAGAAUAGACAAAGAAUUCAGAAAUUGGUAUUAGCAGGAAGAAUGGGAGAAGCCAUUGAAACAACACAACAGUUAUACCCAAGUUUACUUGAAAGAAAUCCUAAUCUCCUUUUCACAUUAAAAGUGCGUCAGUUUAUAGAAAUGGUGAAUGGUACAGAUAGUGAAGUACGAUGUUUGGGAGGCCGAAGUCCAAAGUCUCAAGACAGUUAUCCUGUUAGUCCUCGACCUUUUAGUAGUCCAAGUAUGAGCCCCAGCCAUGGAAUGAAUAUCCACAAUUUAGCAUCAGGCAAAGGAAGCACCGCACAUUUUUCAGGUUUUGAAAGUUGUAGUAAUGGUGUAAUAUCAAAUAAAGCACAUCAAUCAUAUUGCCAUAGUAAUAAACACCAGUCGUCCAAUUUGAAUGUACCAGAACUAAACAGUAUAAAUAUGUCAAGAUCACAGCAAGUUAAUAACUUCACCAGUAAUGAUGUAGACAUGGAAACAGAUCACUACUCCAAUGGAGUUGGAGAAACUUCAUCCAAUGGUUUCCUAAAUGGUAGCUCUAAACAUGACCACGAAAUGGAAGAUUGUGACACCGAAAUGGAAGUUGAUUCAAGUCAGUUGAGACGCCAGUUGUGUGGAGGAAGUCAGGCUGCCAUAGAAAGAAUGAUCCACUUUGGACGAGAGCUGCAAGCGAUGAGUGAACAGCUAAGGAGAGACUGUGGCAAGAACACUGCAAAUAAAAAAAUGUUGAAGGUGAAUAUAUUUUUUCUUGAAAAAUUAUAACUGUGUCAAAGUAACUAAAAUGUGGUUUUGCGAAACAUUGAGCAGUGUACCAGAAAUUCUUGUUAGGGAACUUGGACCUGACCUUCCCCCUGGCUCCUUGCCCAUUUGAGAGUGGAAAUGUUUGAAGAAGUUAGGCAGUUCUGAUCUGCUGGAAAGAGCAUUGUACUAAAGCAAAAAAA